AACAAAUCGAAACUAAGUGAAAACGUGAGGCAGUUACAGUGGAGAUUUUACAGUCAUUCUGUAUCUUGGGCUGGCACAUUCUCGUCGUCUCCGAAAGAUACAAAUCCUGCAGUAGGCCUACGUGAGAAACCCUGGGAUUGAGUAUCUCUCUGACUCCAGCCAUGAUCUCCUUUUCAACCCCACCCCUCCUCUACCUGAGCCUCCUGCUCUUUCUGUCACACCACUCCCCUGUUCUCGGCUGUCGGAUUGGGAACCACAGCCAGUGUCAGUCUGCUCCCUUCGUACCAGGCCACAACCUGGUGGGAGAGGGAUUUGAUGUGGUCACCCUGCAGCGUAAAGGAGCCUACAUGGUGGACGUGAAGACUUUCCUCACCCCAGAUGGCACCUGUACUCUCUGCUCCAACCCUCUUCAAGGCAACAGCCUUCAGAAACUGCCAGUCUCUGCAGUGGACUGGCGCUCAUUCAGCCGAUGCAAAACUGACCUCUACAGCAGUGUGCACACGUCCAUUAGCUCACUGAUAGAAACUUACACCUCCCAGGACAGUAAGGACUGGAAGGUUGGCCUAAAUUUCAAUAAGUUUGUGUCUGCCAACCUGGAGGUGGGAGGAACAUGCUCCACUGCAUAUAAGUUUGCUACAGAGAGGACCAGAGAGGACCGCUACUUCUUCAGCACUCACAGGGUCACCUGCAGCCACUAUGGUUACCGUGUGUCAAGCAGACCGCCCCUCAGCUCCGAGUUCAGUAAAGAUUUGGCAAGGCUGCCGGAUCUUUACAGCUCCUCCACCAGGGCUCUGUACAGUGAGCUCAUACAUACCUAUGGCACACACUACAUUCGGCAGGUUUACCUCGGGGGGCGACUCAGGCGAGUCACAGCUGCACGAACCUGUUUGUCCUCACUGAAUGGACUCUCAUCAAGUGAGGUCCACUCCUGCUUAUCACUGGGUCUCUCUGUAGGCCUCGGGAAGUUGAAAUUAUCUAAUAACCCACCGUCUUGCAACAAGGUCCUACAGAACCAGGACGUCUCCACCUCGUACAGCCCUGGUCUCCACCAACACUACACAGAGGUGGCAGGAGGCAAUGGUUGGUUGGGGGAGUUUUCACUCACUCACAAUGACUCCCUGGGCUACGGGAAUUGGCUGAGCACCCUGAAGGACCACCCAGAUAUUGUUUCAUACUCCCUCAGGCCAAUGUAUGAGCUGGUGCCAAAUGAGACACAGAAGGCAGGGAUGAAGGCAGCCAUAGAGCAGUACUUAGCAGACAAUGCUGUGAGAAAGUCACCUAAAGAACCAUAUUGCGGGUGGCACACUCCUAACCUGGCUUCAAACUGCUGUCCUCAAGAGACCUGGAGAGGAACACUUGUGGUGACAAUCGUCCGAGGCUGGGAUCUGAGAGGAGAUUACACUGGCAACACUGAGAGCUAUGCUAAGAUGUGGUACGGAUCCUUCUAUCGCAGGACUGACAUGAUCCGCUCAAACUACCCCAGGUGGAAUGCUCGUUAUUAUGUGGGCAAGGUGGACACACACUUGGGUUUGGAGGUCGAGGUCUGGGACGAGGACGUGUGGUAUGAUGACCUUCUGGGAUCAUGUAUGAAGUACCUGAGGCAGGGGACACACAGUUUCACCUGCUGGGCAGAGAAUGGUGGCGGAAUUGAGGUCCGGUACACUCUGAACUGUGACAGUCACCUAGCUGGAGACAGGUGUAACCGUUACAGACCCUCUCCACAGUGAGAAAUGUAUUCUGACUGUGCUACUCACUUUUCUUUCUUCUGGAUAUGUUGAUUACUUUCAUUCAAGUGUCAUUCAACACAAUUCAGGGUUUAUUUUGGAAACAUUUGUUAUCAGUGUUGUGUUUAGCAGUGGAGUUAAAUCAGAGGUAAAUUUACAUUAUGAAACUGAAGUACCUGACUUCAUUCAUAAAUGUAUACUCAGUCUCAGAGCCCAUCAGCUAUCAUCUAACAUCAUAAAGCUUCUGGGAGUGGGGCCAAUAUUUCAGGUUGAUCCAAUGUAGCCAGCAGAUAUCCAGGCCAAAACCUCCUCUGCAUGCCGGUCAUUUCCAGUAAUCUCCAUAAAAUGAUAUCAACAUACGAAUGCAGAUUUAAAAAAAAAAAAAAAAACAACAUAAGAUAUAAAGCUAAAUUAUCAUCAGACAAUAUCCAAUGUGUUCUGUGUUUGUAUUUUGGCCAAUGCAUUAUGCCUCUCUACAUGAACUGUUUACCUGCCAUUCAAAUGUAAUUGGUCAAUAGUACUUAGACUACAAACAGAAAUCAAGGGCCUUAUUCACAAAGCUGAGAAAAUUCCUUAAAUUAUGACUUUGGUUUUUUUUUUUUUUUUUUUUUUAGAAUUUCCCGUGCAAGUUAUGACUAGGUCCUGGUAAAGAGAAAGGUUGUUCACAAAGCAUCUUAGCCCUUAAGAGAGGAAGGGUUAGGAGUAGGGAGGAGGACUUUAAAGAGGCCUAAGAGUUUCUUAAGUAUAGAGAAAAUGGUGGAAACACAAAGGUAGGAGAAAUAUUCUCCAGAUGCUGGACGACAGUGAGUAAAUGAAACACUCCAGUUCAGAUGGUGCAGGAAUGAUAUUUGUGGUCCAGGAAUGAUAUUUGUGGUCCAUCUCAUUGGGGAUGUGCACACAUUUCUCACCCAAUGCAAUAACAAUAUAACGGUAGAAAUAAAGUGAUCACACAAUACGAUAUUUAGAAAACUGGACAAAUGCAACAGUGCAGCGAUGGUGGCUUGUUUCUGUCUCAUCCUCCCAUUAGCAGGGUGAUCACACCAACAAUGACAACACUUUCACUGUCUUAUAUUGUGAUGCAGUUCAUUAUUUUGGAGGUGGGAUUUGCCUUUGGUUUUUAUUUGAGUCACAGAUUAUGUCUAUAUGGUUGCGGUUAGAAUCUUUGUAAUGUCUACUAUAAGUGCAGCAUUU